AUGAAUGUUUUUGUUCAUCAAACAUAUUCUCAGUUGAAAGACACCUGGAGGGAAGAAUCGUCAACAUUUUCCGAUGAUCGACUGGAGGAGAAAUCGCUGAGAAGUUGUUCGGCGUUAGAAGAAGGUAGUGCAGAAAAUAGUUUGCUGUAUCUGCGACGUAUUGCGAGGUCAAGGCAUUCCUCAGCAGACUCAUCUGAAGCGAGUGCAUUCACAACCAACAUUCAGCACCUAAACAAUGGCAUCCAUAACGACUGUGCCACUACGUCGACAUUGCAUCAGAACUGUAUCAUUGCAAAAACUGUACCUAUUAAAUUGGUCGAUGACUCGAAAUAUUUACUUUCUGAGCAAUAUGAAGAGAUGGAUAGUGGUAAGGCAUCAGAUUCUGAUCCAUCUUCGUCACUCUCACCAAUUCCCGGUUCAAGCAACACAGCUAGGAUGCCAUCGUAUGAUAGAACCAAUUCGAUAACGAAUGGCACAAAUUCAUUGAGAUUACAAUCACCUCAACAACCACAGUCGUUCACACCAAUUCAUAUUAAAACAACAUUCUCACCGUCCUCAACCACAUCCGAUCUUCCAUCCUCAAUCUCAACCACAUCAUCCGCAUUUACAUCGCACUGUUCUGGUGGUGGACAGUAUGAAAUUGAUUCAGUGACUGAUCACAAUGAUACUAAGAAUCUGCUCAAAUAUUCGAAAGAUGUUGAAGCAAUGCGACAAAUUUUGAACAAAAAAGGCAUCGAAGAAGGGAUGGAAAUUGUUGAAUCCGCACUAAUAGCCCAACUCCCUCAACCACGCUGGACGCACAUCACCGCACCAAUACAGCAGCAUCAAAACAGCGAUAGCUUCAAGCAAUCGUCUCUUAAUACAGACGAUGUCAGAGAAAAAUGUUAUUCAGCAAAUUCGAUGAGUGUGGAACUCGAUACAAUACUGAAAGACACACAAGCAGCUGCAGAUCGUAAAAAGCAUUGUUGUAGACAUCCAAACUGUAAAAAAGUCUACACAAAGAGUUCACACCUAAAGGCACACAUGAGAACUCAUACUGGUGAAAAGCCAUACGCUUGUACAUGGCAAGGAUGUGAAUGGCGAUUUGCUCGUUCUGAUGAACUGACGCGUCAUAAUCGCAAACAUACCGGUGACAGACCAUUCCAAUGUCGGUCUUGCAAUCGCUCAUUCUCGAGAUCUGAUCAUUUGUCACUUCAUAUGAAACGACAUUAA